AUGAAAGCUAGAAGGGCAAGAGAAGACGAUGAGGUGAGAGAUAGAAGUGAGCAACCAAGGGGGACAUGGGAGGAAGUGUACAAAAAUGCGAAAAAAGCUGAUAGAAAUAAGAAUGAUUUGCAUGAGAGGGAUGAUGGGGAGCUUGAAAGAACAGGUCAACCGUUGUGCAUCUAUGAACCUUACUUUGGUCAAGGAUCUUGGUCUUUUCUCCACACUAAUUCUCUUUAUCGGGGGAUUAGACUCGCAGGGGAGUGCUUAAAAAGAGAAAAGGACAGAGUGUCUCAUUAUCUUCAUUCCAACAGUGAGCCAAAGCUUCUUGAGAUGUGGUGGUGGUGGUGGUUAUCGUGGUGGUGCCCCAGUCAACCAAAUCCAAACCUUAAUUUAGCUGCUGCUAGGCUUACCCCUGGUGAUAUUGGUGGAGUUGAAGGACCUGAUCGUAUAUUUGUUGGGGGUUUACUGUAUUACUUUACUGAGGUACAGAUAAGAGAGCUGCUAGAAUCCUUUGGACCGCUGCGUGGGUUUGAUCUUGUGAAGGAUAGAGAUACUGGAAACUCUAAAGGAUAUGGUUUAUGUGUCUAUGAGGAUCAAGCAGCCACAGAUGUUGCCUGUGCUGCACUUAAUGGCUUAAAAAAAGGGCGUUAUUGUCAGUUAUUCUUUCUUCCAAUAAAUAUAAAAUAUUUGGGAGUUAUUAAACAAAUCUUUUUCGAAGGGUGUCUGAGCUGGAAUCUCAAAUCGAGGUUGGAUGAUGAUGAAUUGAGCCCUGAACAAGUCAAUGAUGUUAAGGACUUCAUUGGUGACUAUGUGGCACGAAAUUAG